CAAAGCUAACAGGAGGGGACAAUAUAUCCACCACGCAUGCGUAGCACAUACAACGCAUGCGCCCUAACGUCAUAGUGUGCACAAAUCGAAAUACUCCCUCACGUUCAAAACAAAUAUAUUUUUGCCUGUUUCUACUCACAAAAAUUGCAUUACACCUUCUCUUUCGAACUAGCUACACAUACUUUUUAAAUGGGAUGCGUGCGUUUCCUCUUAUUGACAUUUAAUUUGACUGCUUGUCUAAGGCCACCUAUAGACCAGUUGUCACAGAUUUCGUUAUUGUUUACAUCGAUUUGUUUAAGCCCUGUUUUUACAAUUCUUAAAAAACGUGCUCGAUUGCAGAGAUAUUGAUUACCUCGAAAUACCAAAGAUGCGCACCAUGUCACCGAAUAACCCAGUUAGGCGAUGUCUCUUCCCAGUCGACGACCUCACGGAACAGGCGAAGAUCGACAACUUCGCUAACGUACUCCGAGAGAGCAUAGCAAGGGACAGAGAAGAAAAAAAGAGGAAAUUUAACUUCGAUUUCGAAAACGAAAUACCUCUAGAUGGAGUUUACGAAUGGUACCGAACCGACGGUGUCAAUGACUGGGUCGCUGUGAAGAAAGACCCUUGCACGGAUGUCAUUAAGGAGAAACCCGAUGCUCUUAAGCAGUUGGAGAACGAGUCGACUCCUCGAACUAAUAAGGAUGAGAAGAUGCCGUUGCUGAGGAAGAGAAGGAAGAGUCUAGGUUUGGUUGAUGAUAAGGGUGUGAGACGGAAGAUUAGCUUCGAUUAAUAAAUACAUCACAAUUACGUAACGUGUAAUCAGAUGAUUUCGUAACGAUUUUCAUUUUUAAAUUUGUGACAAUUACAUGUUUUUUUUGUAUCUUGAAUAUUCAAGAAAAUUUAUUUAGAAAAUUAGAAUCAGUCAAACGAUUAGUCAACAUUUACAAGUAUAGGCUUCGACACAAAAUUACGGGAAAAGAAAUACAAUAGUGUUGUACGAGAAUUAUUUUAUUUUUAUUAUGCUUUUGGUCCGUAUCAAUUGUAGUUUACAACAAAAUGUAGCUGAUUAAUUUAUUUAUGAAUUAUAAAACGGAUAAUGAAUAUUAUUGUAAUACUUUUUAUUAUUAUUACGCUUAUAUUAUGUAAAUUGUGCCACUAUUUAGGCUGUAUUUGUAAAAAAUAAAUGUAUAAUUUAGACAUUAUUUAAGUUCUAUUUAAUUGUUGAAAACAAUGUUCGUGUUUUAUAUAUUUCCAAUAUACAGUUAGACAUCACAAAUAUGUACUGUUUCUUGUAUUUUUAUAAAGGUUUUUAAAAAUUACUAGCUACGUCAACUCCGUUCUGCUGUAUGUGGCAAAACAAAAAUAAUUUUCUUUCCAAAUACUCUACUUAUUUCUUAACGAACUUUAUAAAUUUUGAUCGCAUUUCAUAAUUAUCGCACCCAUAAAAAUAAAACAAGGAUAACUUAUGACUCUCGUAAAUAAAACUUAUAAUUGACGUUAUGGUUGUGACUUGCAACAUCUAUUGACCUCCUUCUUGACAUUAUUAGUUUAGCCAAAUUCUUGAUAAGGGACGAACGUGAUCACCGAUUAAAAAUUUUUAUUACUAUUUUUAUUCUAGUUUAAUUUUGUAAAUACGAUUUCGAGAAACGAGUAUUUCAAGUGAAAGAAAACACGAGUCUAGUUCCCGAAUGGAUUUGUACAAAAAAUAUAGCAUAUCGUGUUACGUUGCUUAAAAUUAAUAGCAUUUGCAAAAGCGUAUACGCGUUUCGUUUUAAUUGGUCAAUCCCUAUAUAAACAUGGUGUAGCCUAAAAACUGUUACAUUGACUUUUCCUUUUUGGGUUAUUGAGUCAAUUAAAAAAAAAACGAGAAAUAAUGCAUUUCAAUGAUUCCUCGAAUGCCCUACAGUAUUCUUCAAAAUCAACUCAUUUGUACCUGGAUAAUAUUAAAAUGCAUUUGUCGUGAAACUCGUUAGUGUUUAAUUAAAUUAAUUUAUUAUUAACGUAACUGUAAAUUAUUAGAAUCCCACUAGAAAAAAAGUCUGAUUUUUGUUUUAUUAAUAAAAUGUUAACAUUUUGUAAAUAUGUAUUUAUUUAAAAUUCGAAUUGGUAAAUUUAAUAAGCGAUAAACGUUUGAAGUUGGUAGGUACCAAGAAAAAACUUGGUAAUACGAUAAACAUUAAUUUUAUUAUGAUUUUAGAAUUUGAUCACCGUUUUUACAGGGGGCUCUACAUUCUCGCUUGCCCAUUGAAAAACUAAAAAGUGAAUUCUCACAAAUCGAAAUAAAUAUUCGAUUUGCAAGACAGACUAUCUGACAUUCCUUUUGAUGGUGAGUGAUUAAUGCUUUCCGCGUACACCGGUAAUGUUAGACGCUCAGUCAGAUUGUAGCUUAUAGUAAAGUGAUAUAUGAGUCGACUAUUAUCAAAGCCGGCAAUGUGACUUUUGGACAAUUAUUGGUAAAUCAGAAAAACGAAUUAUUGACUUUGUAUUCCAUU